CGGGGGCGGACGCGGCGCCGAGUCCUGCCGGUGAUGGCCCGGCUCGCCCACCCCCGGUGCGCCUGGCGUGCCGACCGGCUCCCGCUGCAGAGCCACGCCGCUCGCCGCUCACCCUGAGCGCGGCCACGGGCAAGCGGGGCCGGGCGCGGCGGCGGAGCGGAGCGCGGGCGGCCUGAGCCGCUCCGCAUCCCCGGGCGGGCCGGCAGCCGCCUCCCCGGCCGCACGGCAGCGGCUGCGAGCGGCGGCAGCGGAGACGGCAGCGCAGAGGAGCUGCUCCUCCCUCACCCGGCCGGAUAUAUAGUAUCAGACCCAGAGGGGGAGGAGAGGUACGUCCUGCAGGAAGCUGAAGGAAGGACAGAACAAGAAAACACCAUGUCUUCAGUCUCAGCUUAUUACAAUGGGAAGACCGUACUUAUCACAGGAGCUACAGGUUUCAUGGGCAAAGUACUGGUGGAAAAGCUUCUGCGCUCCAGCCCUGAAGUGAAAGCAGUUUAUAUACUUGUCAGGCCAAAGGCUGGACAAUCAAUGCAAGAGAGAGUGGCCAACAUGUUGAAAUGCAAGGUCUUUGACAGGGUCCGAGAAGAUUGCCCUAAUUUCCAUGAGAAGAUUAAGCCUAUUAAUGCUGAACUCACUCAGCCCAAGCUGGCCAUCAGUGCUGAAGAUGAGGAGGAGCUUCUGACCCGGGUCAAUAUUGUCUUCCACUGUGCAGCAACAGUUCGCUUUGAUGAACCCCUGAAGCAUGCAGUGCAACUGAAUGCCAUGGGCACGCAGCGGCUCCUGGAGCUGGCCCGGCAGAUGCAGAACCUGGAGGCCUUCAUCCACAUCUCCACCGCCUAUGCAAACUGUGUGCGCAAAUGCAUAGAUGAGGUCAUCUACCCACCCCCAGCUGAACCGAAGAAGCUCUUUGAUUUAGUAGAGUGGUUGGAUGAAUCCAUCAUUCAAGACAUCACACCCAAGCUGCUUGGGGACUGGCCCAACACAUACACCUACACCAAAGCCUUGUCAGAAUACCUGAUUCAGCAAGAGAAAGGAAACUUGAACAUUGCUAUCAUCAGGCCAUCCAUCGUGGGAGCUAGCUGGCAUGAGCCUUUCCCAGGUUGGAUUGACAGCUUCAACGGGACAAGUGGAAUAUUUGUUGCGGCAGGCAAAGGGAUUCUGCGGACUGUCAUCGCCAACAACGAAGCGGUGGCCGAUAUGAUUCCAGUAGACGUCGCCAUCAACCUCACCCUUGCGGCCGGGUGGUACACUGCUGUGCACAGACCAAAAAACCUGUUGGUGUACAACUGCACAACAGGCGGAAUCAACCCUUUCUUCUGGGGAGAAAUGGAGCAGUAUGUUAUGUCCACAUUUAAAAGGAACCCACUGGAGCAGGCCUUCCGAACACCCAACGCUCAUUUGACUUCCAGCUACUUGAUAAAUCAGUACUGGAUAACCGUCAGUCACAAGGCACCGGCCAUCCUCUACGACCUGUACAUGAGGCUCACGGGGAGAAAGCCCAGAAUGAUGAAGAUUAUCAAUCGACUACACAAGUCUAUGCUGCUCCUGCAGUAUUUCUCCACUCAGUCCUGGGACUGGUCUUCAGAUAAUAUGAAUAUGUUAAUGAGUCACCUUAACACAGAGGAUAAAAAGUUAUACAACUUUGAUGUUCGUCAGCUGCACUGGUCAGAAUACAUUGAAAGCUACUGCCUAGGUGCUAAGAAGUACUUGCUAAAUGAGGAUAUGGCUGGCAUUCCAGCAGCAAAGCAGCACUUACGAAAGCUGAGGAACAUCCGAUAUGCAUUCAACACCACCCUCCUUGUGAUCAUCUGGCGCAUUUUCAUUGCAAGGUCACAGAUGGCUCGAAACAUCUGGUACUUUGUGGUGAGCCUCUGCUACAAGUUCCUUUCCUACUUCAGGGCAUCCAGCACCCUCAGGCACUGAAGCCAUCCAUCAGAGCAGCCAGCCUCUUCCAGAAGGACCUCCAUCUCCUCCUAAUCAGCAACUGUGGGCAUCGGGGUCUGAAAGUAGCAGAAAAACCCACUCCCUCCAACAGCAGCCUGCAUUUACUGUGCACUGUUAUGUUCACCUUUUUAGUUUUACCUAAUGCUUUAAUACAUGGUGGUCUUUCUUCCAUAGGACCAGGCCAAUUUUUUAAGCCAUAACUGAAGCUUUAGGAACAGGUCAAGCUGGAACCAUUCAUCUAGAGUCUCAUGUGCAAGAGUAAGGAUUAACCAAAGUCAUGGUCUUCCCACGUACUACCUAAGCUAUCUUAAUCCCAUCCUCUUCCUCAAAAAAGGCAAAUUUAAAGCGUACAACCUUGGACAAAAAAGGAUGCCAUCAGAGAAGACCCAGCCAAGGAAAUUAAGGAAAUUAACCUGUAAAAGGUCUUCCUAAAGAGGCUGUUCCUUCAUUCUCAUUCAGUGAAAUGGUACCUUAUUAAAAAACAUGAUUUCACAUUUUCAGUUUUUCAAAACUUAGAGGGACAAAACAACCAGUUACACUGGGCCAGUGAGCACACUGAACAGUUUUCAGAUCCUGUCUUAUACUGCUACUGAGGACUGAUACUUUCAAGCCAUAACUCAAGACAGACAUAGAAUUCAUGUACCUGUGUUAACUCUACCCACUCACAAGCUGCUUUCUUAUGGAGAGGUUUUUUUUCUCUCUGUGGUUAAGGUUGCAAUCUAUUAAAAAGCCCUGUUCUUGCAUUUAUCACGUUUGCUUGGAAUUUUUUUUUUGGCUUGAAAAAUGCUGUAUUUAAUCUGAGAAUGAAGAGAAGGCUUCUUAAAAGAUUGAAGAAGAAUUCAGAAACUCUUUGUUAUUUCCAAGGUCUUUUUCCCCCUUGGAUUUGUCUGCAGAAAACCUCUCUCCCUGUAGCUCAAAAACAGCCUGAUGCUGUCCUUCACGCUUUCAUUACAGCUACAUCACUUUGCAGUUGAUCACUUCCACUGGCAAAGAAAGUGUAAAGAUAUGUAUGGAGGAACGCAUUGGGCCAGUUCUGCUGCCACUCCUGUCAUUAGGAAUUUAAAAAGUCUGAGAUUUGUUUUUGCUGAGAAUAGGUUAAUGGUUGGACUCAAUGAUCUUAAAGGUCUUUUCCAACCUAAGCAAUUCUAUGAUUCUAUGACUUCUGUAUAACAACAGUCAUGCACUGUGAAGGCAAUGCGUUUUGUCCUACAUUGUUGUUUAGAAAGGAACCCAAGGACCUUCCAAACACUUAUGGCUAUUGGAGAUACUUGUUUCACCUAUUGAAGUACGAAUGCCAUUGGGGGAAAGAGAGCCUUCUUCAAAGUAGCUGGUGCAACAACGGCCUCAGUGCAACAGCAACAAUUUUAUCAUGCUAUCAGAUUUUCAAAGUCACAUCUAAUAUUGGAAUAUUUUUUAUUCAGAUAACACUGAAUAAGCACUUUACGAUUACCAGGCUUAAAAGCAGCUAGUUUUUGAAACAAUGCAGCAUCCAGUUGCUCUAGUCUUGUAUCAUCCUAGCUGUCUGGAAAAGUAAUGCUACAUGGGAAAAAAAAAAUGACACAGUUGCUCUUUUGAGAGCCAAGAAUAGCAGAGUAUUUACAAAGCUGACAUUCUUCAAAAAGUAUACUUGUUUUUGGCAGUGAAUGCAAAAGCAAGUUAUGAUGACAGUAUAUUUAUAUCUUAGGCCUCCAAGCUAGUUCAGAAGUAUUUCUAAAGGUGCAAGGAAUUAAUCUUGUCCUGUAUGCCCCAGAGGUCUAGAUUCAAGCAAUUGCCAAAGGAUGUCUGCAACAGAACCCGACCAGAAACAUGGUGUCCACAACAGCAGGGCUCUGGCAUUCCCUAGCAAAGGCUCCUGUGUUUGUCACACACUACAUCUGAUCUACGCUUAAUUAGGUCAAGCACCCAGUUUGCAAAGAUGCAAAAUUUUUAAGCUCUUGCCUUGAAAAUGUACUUUCAAAAUGAAACUGUGCUGGUUGUUAGCUAUGUGUUUUCCAACUUCAGACAGCCGGCAGUGCAUGCUGUGCAUUGCACAUUAGCAAGGUGUUGCUGCCUGGGAAACUAGGAGCUCCAGGUUCAGGUACUGGGGACCAGACCUUUCAUGUAUAGUGCUUCCAUAGCAGUGUAUGUGGUGAAGGUUAGCUGCAUUACGCUUUGCUAACUUGUUGAUGCAAAGACUGUGGCUACCUUGGCAGGGUGAGGCAGGUUGCUGUUCGGAUUCCUCUAGGAAGACUGCAUUCCCCCAAGUACAUAAUCAGGUCAUCAGCCAGCUUCCAGUCUUCUCAUAGGAAAGGCUACAUAACAAAACAACACUGCAGAUUAUUUUGAAACAAAAUUCCAUUAAAAAAUGAGGAAAGAGUUUCAACUCAUACCCUAAAAGUCUUUUUAAGUGCCUGCCUUAUGUACAAUGAGAAGCAACAGCCAAGGGGAUCAUAAGUCUUAUGCUGUGCACGUGACAGACAAAAACUUGAGUCUCACAGAAAAGUCAAAUACUGCAGACCUGUUACACCUACGAUGUCUGGUCUACAUCAGCUAGGUCUACUAUGAGUAAAGUGUCCUGCCUUCUCUUCCCCAAUGCUAGUCAUGCCAUGCAUUCCUCGCCUAUGCCUGUAGGCAUUCACAGCUAUUUGCACAGGCUGUAUUGUCCCAACAAGUCUGAGAUGCAUCUUUGCUCACCUGAGCAUAUCCAGACCUGUUUUCUGCACAUGCAAAAAAAGAUGCUUCAGGGUUUCACUCAGAACAAUGGUGGUAUCGCGUUUUAAAACUGUUCAACAUUCUGCUGAAGGUAACAGCCACAGCAAAGCUACUAUGCAGCCCUGAAAAAGCAGCAAGAACUGCUUGGGAUGUUGUCGAACCAUAGCCGUUGCAGAUGGUGUAAGCCCUUCUGGAGACCUUUCAUAGCCCACGUGGCAUUGCCAGCAGCUGGCUCCAGAGCUCUGGCCUUGCCUGGGCAGGGAUCAAGCUUUUCUUAACACAGACAUAACAUGCAGCAAAACUUGAAUCCAUUUUCUUGUGGCUUGAGGUGUUUUCAGGUGAUUGUCUGAACCACAGAAAUAUUUCCAAAAAACCUCAAUGCAGAGACUGACACGUGGCCACGGCCUUUGGUUGCCAGUCGGGACUGUCAUCACGGACAGCUGGACCUGGCAUAAGUACUUGUUCUCACCUCAAACAGUGACUUUAUCUUUGAUAUUUUACUAUGUGCUCCUCAGUGUAUUUGUAUGUGCUCUGAAAAACCCCAAGCCUUGGGGAAAAUAUCUAAAAGAGACACUGAGUGACAGCCAUGUCUUUUCUUCCCUAUUCUCUCUCUUGCUCUUUCACGUAUACUCAACAAGCUUUUGACAAAAAGAAAAGCCAAAUACGGUUGUUAUUAAUUUGAAGUGGAGGCCCUGUGGUGACCAUGCACAAAUCAACGUGAACAGCUCAGGAGCGGGUGUUACUCAUGGCUGAAGGCUAGAGCUUUUAAUACCUGUAAAGGUUGAAGCAGGACUCGAGGUUGGGUCUUUUCCCCCUACAGAGGCAGCAUGGUCAGGGGGCUGUGGGGAGGACAGAGGAGAAGGAGGUGCAUUCCUGCAGCCUCUGCUGAUGGGCAGCAGAAGCAUUGCUAGGCCCAGAGCAUCCAGCUCAACGAAGCAAAGGGGGCUCAAGGGACCAGAGAAGUAUGAGCUGCCAAACUCGGAGGACUCUGCCUCCCAAGGAGUGGGGGAAGAGUGCCAUCAGCGUUUUGUUGUCAGUUUGGUCUCGUAAUAGCACAUAAUGAAUCCUUCCCCCAGCUACCAACAGGCAGCAUAGAGAACAAUACUGGCAGCCCUUCUGCACCACCACAAAAGAAAAUACCUGCCACAAGACAGUAUAAUGGGAUUAUUUGUACCCUAUGAACUUGCAGUGUAUCUGCCCCUUCGCGGUGUCAGAAGCCUGCAGUGCUGCUACAGAAAUAACAUGGACCACUGCUGAACCCAAUGUACUAAUGUUUUGUUAAUACUGUGCAUAUACACUAGUCUGUAGGCUAUAGCUGUGAACUGCUGUGCAAAAGCAAUGAUACACUGAAUAUCAUUUCACUGUUAAAGAGCAAUGGGCAUAAGCUUGCAAUUAAGAAGUAGCUUUUUAAAAAUUAAAUUGUGAUAACAAAAAAAAAAAAAAAACCAACAUUCACAAAUCCCUAAAGUUAAUCUGAGUUUAAACUGCCUUUUGACUGACUACCAAAGCUGUUUAUCUCCAGCAUGUCUGUUACCAAAAAAAAAAAAAAUUUCUUACCCCUCCACCCUCUAUCCCAACAACUUUGUUAAGAAAAUAAAAUUCUUUCUUGGUAGAGGCAGCAGGGGCUAACAGACAUACUGGUAUAUUACAGGUUGUUGGCCCAUUACCCACCUCCUGAAGAAAUUUGUUAUUUUACAUUUUCUAAGAAAACAUUAUUAUAUAUUCCUGUGUAUAUAGUUACAUCUUUCGGCACCAGCCUUCUCAUACAACAUACAGAGAUGGUAAAAGUAGUAGAGCUCAUAUUGAAAUGCCAGGCUGUACUUGUUUGGUAUGCACUGUUCCAAUUCAGUUUAAGAUGAAGUGAUUAAAACCUACCCUAGUUUCCAUUGUAAAGGAAACCUGACCUGUAGUACUAUUACUCAAAUCAUCCUCAUGAAUAAGCAACUGGGAAAAGAGGGAGGGGGGCAUUCUUUUGUUUGUAAAUAAGCUACAGCUUCAUGGUUGAAAGCAUGCUGUUGCUUUUCCAGCGUUGAUGUUCUGCCGCAGAAAGCAAGGAUGAACUUAUAUUACAAUUGGACCCUUUAUUCUAGUGCAGAGUAAAUAACAUUCUGUACAUUCCCCAGAAGUUAAAUGGUGAACAUCCCAUUACAUGGUGCUAAAUAUCAGUAUGAAGGUGGUACAGACUAACUUAAGAGAAUUAAAAAAAAAAAUAGGUAUUUGGGGAAUAAUUUAAAGAUGUACUAUCCCACUUUUCUCUAUUGCUUGAAAGUCAACUAUGAAUUGAGUUGGUUUGUUCAGAUUAACAUGAAAACUACUUAUAAAAAGUUUCUUGUCUUUACAUAAUCUCAGCAGACCCCAGUUUAUAGUAAAAUCUGUACUCUUCCACUCUCCAAAGUUUAUACGGCUCUAUCUGCUAUUUCUAUUCUCUUGUUAGCUACAAGACCACUUACUGUUACAAAUCUUAAUUACAAAGUUUCUAAUGUUAAGAUGUAAUCUUUUGAGCUCUCGAAUCAUAUAAAAUGGUAAAGUCACAAAUUAUGAGAACCUCAGCCAUAAAAUUGUUAAUAUGAUGUUUAUGUUAUUUUAAACAUUUAAUAAAACAAAAUAUUUUAAA